GACAGAGAACUUGUUAGUGGAUUAGAGAGGAGCUGUUUUAAAGUUUCUAUCAAGAAGGCUAGCAGAGUACAUUACUUAGCCAACGAAGAAACCUGUGAAAUACAGCGAGCAGAAGAACACGCAGCUCCAGUGCCUCCUGUUAGAGCAGAAAGGAGAGUCAACCUUGUUAAGAUGCUGAUUAUCUUCAGUGUUCUCCUAGUGGCCGGCCUCAUAUCCCUUUCUGUUUGCAAUUUCAUAAAAUUAAAUCACAAUGAGCAAGAGUUGCAGGAGUUAAGAAGUGCAAAUUACAUUCUGACCAGCAACAACACUGAACUACAAGAAAGCCGAGAUAUCCUGCAGUCUCAGUACGAAACUCUGAAUGAGAAACUUGAUGAACUGACCAAGGAGUUCAGUAAUCUGAAGGAAUUCUACUGCGAUGCUACAAACACGUCUCCCGAUAAUACUUGUUCUUUAUGUAAACCGGGUGGAAUCUUCUUCAAUUCCAAGUGUUACUUCAUUUCCACUUAUGAACAGACCUGGAAGCAGAGCCGUGAUUGGUGCAUGACAAGAGGUGGACGACUAGUGAAUAUAGAAAGUUUAGAGGAGCGGGACUUUAUCAAAAGUAAAGCUCCAAGUUAUUUUUGGAUUGGCGGAUACGACAUCAGUAAAGAAAACAACUCUACCAUGAUGGGCGCUGAACCUGUGAAAUCCAAGAGACCCAGCGAUGUCUACAAAGGAGAAUGUAUCCUGAUAGACCUGCAAAUAUCAAGGUGUAUAACCACAGAUGUGGAGAUUCUCAUCAAUGGAUCUGUGAGUCCGCUGCAUUUCCUCUUCAUGUUUAAACUGCUAUCAAGAGUUCCAGUCACCUGCCAGAGCCGCUGUCUUCAGAAAUCGUAA